AUGAGUGAAUGUGAUUCAAAUGGGAAGAUAUUAGAAACAGUUCUGAGUUGUCUCAAAAAAUUCGAUCCUAAAAAAGAGAACUUCAUUAAAUGGCACAAUGUCGUGGAGGAAACGUUCAAUAUGCUUAAGAUCAAAAAUAAUAGAAAAAGUUAUGUCUUAUUAAAUAUACUGAAAUCUUCAGUUCUUACCUAUGUACGGUCACAUGUAAAACCAGAUGACCUUUUCAGUAUUCCAUACGAAAUGCUCGUAACUAUAUUAGAAGAAGAAUAUUCACCCGAUGGUAAAUUUCUAUCGACGAUGUAUCGUUUUACAAUUCGUGAUCAGUUCAAAGGAGAAUCUAUUGAAAACUACUACUGCACAAUAAAAAAAUUAAUUGAUAAGUUUGACAAUAGUCCAGAAGCAAAAUCACGUCUACUGUUUCGAUUCAUAUAUGGAUUACAAAAUGAGAAAUUACGUAAAGAUUUAUUAGAAUUAUCAAAUAUAACCAUCUAUAAGGCACUUCUAAUAGCCAUGAAAAUGGAAUUUAUAGAGGAGUCUUCACUAACGUAUUGUUUCGAAGAUGAGUGGCUUCAUAAUCUUCAAGAAUUAAGAAAUGAAGAAGAACGCGCAGGGAAAACAGGAAUAAUAAGUGUAUGGGAUUCAAAUGAGAAGAUAUUAGAAAGAGUUCUGAGUUGUCUCAAAAAAUUCGAUCCUAAAAAAGAGCACUUCAUUAAAUGGCUCGAUGUCUUAGAGCUAUUGUUGGAUAUGUCUAAGAUUGAAAAUAAUAGAAGAAGUUAUAUCUUAUUAAAUGUACUGGAAUCUUCAGUUCUUACCUAUGUACAGUCACAUGUAAAACCAGAUGACCCUUUCAGUAUUCCAUACGAAAUGCUCGUAACUAUAUUAGAUGAAGAAUAUUCACCCUAUAGUAAAUUUCAAUCGUUAAUGUCUCGUUUUACAUUUCGUGAUCAGAUGAAAGGAGAAUCCAUAGAAAACUACUACUACUCUUUAAAAAAGUUAAAUUGUAAGUUGGACAAGGGUCCUAGUGCAAAAUCGAACUUAUUGUUUCGAUUCAUAUAUGGAUUACAAAAUAAGGAAAUAUGUAAACAGUUACAAGAAACACCAAAUUUAACCAUCUAUAGUGCAAUGGUAAUAGCCAUGAAAAUAGAAUUUAAAAGACUGUCUUCAAAGACGAAUCUUUUCGAAGAUCAGUGGUUAUAUCUACUUCACGAAUUAAAAAAGGAAGAAGAGCGCGAAAGGCAGACAAGUAGUCCUCAAAAAGAGAUUUGA